UUUCAGUACCUACUUAGGUGGAAACAAUGUUCAGUUUCAGUCGUUGGUUAGUCUUCCUUGCACUUGUAGCCGCUUGCUACUCAAGAAGACUCAAUUCGCUGCCAAGGAAAAAUCAUAUUAUGGGUCCUGAAGUAUCAGUCAACGAAGAAACCUUAAUUUUGACCCAUGUGAUAUUCAGACAUGGAAAUAGAACAGUUGACAACAAAGCUGAACUAUAUCCAAAGGAUCCCUAUCUGGAGGAGACUUACCAACCUUACGGCAAAGGACAGCUAACUAACGCAGGGAAACGGAAAGAAUUCUCUAUAGGUACCGCAUUACGAAGCAGGUACGACUAUUUUUUGGGGGACCAGUACUAUCCUAAUAUAAUUGAAGCAGUAAGUACUGACUACAACAGAACCAAGAUGUCCCUUCAGUUGGUAUUAGCUGGAUUGUUCCCACCUCAAGAAGACUCGAUGUGGAAAGAUGGGCUCUACUGGCAACCAGUUCCUUACAAUUAUCACCAAAGACAUCAAGAUAAAGUGUUACUGGGUACCCUUUGCCCUAAGUAUCUGGAACUCUACGACGAGGUCAGCAAUUCUGCCGAGAUGCUGGAAGAAUUCGCCAAGUUUAAAGAAACAUUCGACUAUAUUUCGGAACAUACCGGUCUGAAAGUGACGAGAUUUUAUGACGUGUACAACUUGUACUUCGGGAUUUCAACGGAAGAAGAAUGGGGAUUCCAGCUACCGGAAUGGACGGAAACUGUUUGGCCUGAAACAAUCACCACCCUGGCUAUCAAGGACUACUUCGUUGCUAUGGCGAGAACUGAAAUGAGAAAAAUGGCCACUGGUUACUUCCUGAAUAAGGUUCUCGAGGAUACCAAGGCUAAAAUUUUCAGCAGCCUGCAACCCGGAAGAAAGAUGCAUCUGUAUUCUGCCCAUGAAAAUAACAUCGCUGAGCUUCUGAUAUCUCUGGGGGUUUUUGAACCACAUGUGCCAAACUAUGGGGCUUAUGUCAUUCUUGAGAUACACCGCGUUGAUAACGUGUACGGCGUGAUGAUAUUUUAUGAAAAUUACGAUGGAGACGGGCCUCGAAGACUUAAAAUGCCUGAAUGUGAAGUUUUCUGUCCGUUGGAUAAGUUCAUGACCUUAGUUCAAGACUAUAUACCUCCAGAUGACCUCUGUGGGCGGUAGUAUUUUAGCCAAAAUUAGAAUAAUAAAUUUGAAGAAGAAAAUGCCAAACAUGUGAAAGAAUCUCCAAUUUUUAUAUGUAUACGACUUUUUGAAAGUCUGAGUAAAGUUUUUUUGGUCCUAAUUAGAUGGUUUGAAAUAAUGUAAUGUAUUGGAAUUUCAAAGAAAUACUGAUAUCACGAUUAGAAAUCUACUUGUAUAUUUAGUAAAAAAAAAACUUUAAACAAUGUAAUUAUAUAAUAUUUGUCACUGGAA